GGUAACUAAAACCUCCAACUGCUGGCUCUCCAUUGAGGAGGCAGACAUUGAAGCUUCCCUUCGUAGUAUACUUCACCAAUUUUUGAUUUGCAGACAAAUUGAAACAGCUAAAACCCUAAUUCCCAAAACCUGGAGGUAUUGACAACAAAGAGGAGGAGAACGACAAGUGAAACUAAAAGAUGCAGCACGAUGAGGUUAUAUGGCAAGUUAUCAGGCACAAACACUGUAGUUUCAUGGCCAAAAUCACGACUGGGAAUUUCUGUAGAAACCCAUACAAUGUGACGGGGAUUUGUAACAGAAGUUCUUGUCCUCUCGCUAACAGUCGAUAUGCCACUAUUCGAGAUCAUGAUGGAGUUUUCUAUCUAUACAUGAAGACAAUAGAAAGGGCUCAUAAACCAAAUCAGUUGUGGGAAAGAGUUAAGCUUCCCAGAAAUUAUGAAAAGGCUCUUGAGAUUAUUGAUAAACAUCUGAGUUAUUGGCCUAAGUUGCUGGUACACAAAGUAAAGCAACGGUUAACAAAAAUGACUCAGAUGCGCAUUCGAAUGAGGAAACUUGCCUUGAAGACAAGAGAAAAGAUCAUGACAACACCAAGAAAACUGGCAAAAAGGGAGGCUCGAAGAGAGGAAAAGGCAGAAAAAGCAGCCUUGUUGGAUAAGAGUAUCGAAAAAGAAUUGCUAGAACGCCUUAAGAAAGGAGUUUAUGGUGACAUAUACAAUUAUCCUGCGGAUAAAUACAAUGAACUGCUUGAUAUGGAUGAACUACAGGUUGCAGGUGAAGAAGAGGAGGAAGAGGAAGCUGAGGUCGAAUAUGUUGAGGGCUAUGAUGAUCUUGAAGAGGAAGAUGAUAUAGAAGAUUUUGGUGACCUUGGAAUCGAUGGUCCCCUUGCAUUUGAUGGUGAUAAUGAUGAUGAUGAUUUUGAGAGGCCAGAAAAAGUGGAUCACAAGAGAGUGAGAAAAGAAUCUGAUCGGGCUUCAAGCAAGCCUGAGAAAGAUGAAUCUGGUGCUAAAUUGAAGAAAAAAGCAAGGGUACUUGUAGAGGUUGAGCAUGAAGGUGGUUCUGAAAGACAAAAAGCAGUUCACUGAGUGUUGAAGGACAAUUUUUAUGAAACAAAUACUCGUAUUCAUCAGGUUAAGUGUAGAUUAUCAGAAAACUGUACUUGGCAGAGAGGAACUUGCUCAAAGGCUUUUGAAAUUUUGGAUACUUAAAAAAUAUAGGACUCAUCCAACACCCUUUCUCCUCCUCCUCCUUCUUCUUCUUCAGGAUUAUUAUGUUGAAUCAAUUUACAUAAAUUUGUUAGUUGCAGUUUCAUUUAUA